AAGGCCAUAUUGGACUUUUCCUAUUCUGUAGGGAUCUCUCACAGUCUUUCUCUGUCACAACCAGUCAUGCAGUACCGGUAUCUCCUGUUGCUGUCCACUACUUUGGUUGCAGUCUGGCUGUCCGUCGGAGUUACAGAUGCAGCUAUUGGACAAUGGCCUCUGAACGGUGGCCCGUGUCCGUAUGACGAAACCGACGUCGACCUGUGCGGCCUGGGGUGCUGGUGUGAGGACGAUUACUCGUACUGCUCAACCCCCCCGCCGUGUUUUGACCCGUCAUGUCACCGCUGUUGGCCUGAGCUGAAUAAUUUCUGCUGUGUGAAGGAGUGGAGCGGUAUGACAUGUGGGUUUGUGGGGGUCACCGCUGCUGGGAGCAAUACCCCCUGUCCGCUAGACAUGGACUCGCCCGGGAUCGUUGCGGCCAGCCCUCUGCAGCUGCCCACUGGGAAAUAAAUAAUCUCUUCGUAGUUCACUAGCCUUGACUAGUAGAACCGAGAAUUUGAAGGAAUUAAAAGCUUUCAACACCAACAAAAUAUGGACAACGUUAUGAUGUUAUGUUCUGAGAGAAAACGCCAAAAA